CCACCUCCAUGUCCAACCUCAACUUCCCCAUAACCCUCCCCUCCAACCAACCUCCCUCCAUGACAUCGCACCUCCAAACUGCCGUCACACCACUACAUCCACCCGAAAUGUCCUUCACAAACCUCGCCCUCGUCUCGCAAUGCGACGCCUUCCCCUACGCCGAUGCCGAUCCACACGCCUACCUGACCCGGGUGAACACAUACUACCAGUUACGAGUUUCUGGCCAUGACUACGCGCUGGGCUACAUGCUGCCGUCCGUCGCCGAAGUGUUCCGCGGAAUACCGAACUGGGCGCUCGACGACGAGGAGCGCGUGUUAACGCUUACGGCUGGGGAGGAUGCAGCAACAAGAAGCAAAGCGGUUGAGACGACGCUCCUCGCUUUACGAGAAACAGGGCACUUUGAGGUCUUGAAGAAGUGGAGGGGCGAGUUGUAUGCUGUGUACGGGCGGGAUAAGAAGCUGCUGUUUGAUGUGGAGAGGAGCGCCUCUCCGUUGUUUGGGGUUGUGACGUACGGCGUGCACCUCACAGCUUACACGCGCGACAAGGAGAGCGGGGAGAUAAGAAUUUGGACGCCGAGAAGAGCGAAGAGCAAACAGACGUAUGGCGGUAUGCUGGAUAAUGCAGUUGCGGGCGGAAUUGCGUCUGGAGAGUCUCCAUUUGAGAGUCUGGUUAGGGAGAGUGCGGAGGAAGCGAGUUUGCAAGAAGACCUGGUGAGGAACAAGGCAAAGGCGGCCGGGACGGUGACGUACUGGUAUGUGAGGGAUGAGAGGGCGGGAGGAGAGACAGGGCUGUUGCAGCCGGAGGUGCAGUACAUUUACGACCUGGAGCUGCCUGAAGACGUUGUGCCUAAGCCGGGAGACGACGAGGUUGAGGAGUUUCAGUUGUGGAGUGUGGAGGAGGUGCAGGAGGCCAUGACGAAGGGCGAGUUCAAGCCGAAUUGCUCGCUGGUGGUGCUGGAUUUCCUGGUGCGGCACGGCAUUCUGACGGAGGCAACUGAGAAGGACUUCAUUGAGAUUGUGUCGAGGCUGCAUAGGAGAUUGGAGUUUCCCACACUCUAGUUGGUUUGAUCUGAUUUGGUUGGGGGGGGGGUGAGAAGAUGUGAAAGAUUUGAGGAUAUCGACGAGGGUAUCCAGACGCCGUAAAUAGACCACUCCAGAUGAUACCAAUACCACCACAUAACGCC